GAAAAGCUACAUUUUUAGUUUACAGCAACAAGAAACUCCAACUACAGAAACAGAAAGAACCAUAAUUGUGCAACACCGACGUCUGCCUUGUUAACCUGGCAGCUAGCAGCAAUAUCGUGUGCCCGAGUGGUGGAAGCGUGCAAGCAAUUGAAAUGUCCGCAGCUGCCGUGGAGCCACCGGGGCAGUGAAAAUGAAUCCAAUUUCGAAGAAAAUGAACGACUACAUCAACUCGUGUUGACCAAACUAUGCUGACAUCCGUCUCUUUGCAGACGUUGCUGGUGCUGCUGCUGGCGGGAUCACCCGCUUGUCGCGCAGGCAGACAGCAUGGCAGCGGAAGGCAGUGGCUACGCACCCACCAAGUAGAAGUAGAACCGGAGGGAGGUUUGCCGGUGCCAGGAGCAGGACAUGACGUACUUAUUUCAUGAAUGUAUUUGCGGAGUCUAAGUCUUGCAGUUUCACGAAUGUUUUUUUCUUCUGUCAAGUAGAAAACGUUAGUGACAUCCAUGCAAAAAAAAACAAGAAAACAAAAUUACAGCUCGAGCGUCGCGCGUCCCACGAGGCGCUGCGGCGUCGCUUCCCAGGUAUGGCGCAUGCGCUCGGCGGUGCGUCUUCGUUCGUGUCGACGUCGAGACGCGGACGUGCAGGUGACGUCGAAAGUGGCACAGCGAUAUCGCACACCUCAGAAGUGGGGACCGUCAUUCAGCCCUACAGCGGAGCGCCCGCCUGUGUGCUAGACUCCGCCGACCCCUACAGCUGUUCGUUCACCGAAGCAGAAAUCAGCAGUGUGAGCACCCAUUUAGAGCGAAGGGCGAUGGUCUCGUUCCUGCUGCUCCUCGGUAAGUAAGUUCUUUUGAUUUCCUUUCUGUGGAUUUUGAAUGUUUUGUCUUUUGUCAACCCUGGAGGUCUCGUCGGAAGGGGGCGAAGGUGCUCCCGAGGGUCAUUCGUGUAAAUUUGGCAAUAAAAAACCAGCUCUCAUCGUUGCGGUGUACGUGAUGAAGAGUCUGUUUGAGUUUCUUCAGCGGUUGUUCCGAGAUGUCCGGUAUUUCAACGUGAUGUUUGUCAAGUGCGUGGAGCAGUUGACGAUCCUGGGCCUGAUUAUCGCUCUCUCCUUCAGUCUUUCCUCCGUCGCACUGGAAAGACGACUGGACGACUACUUGUUUCCGGACAAGGACCGCGCCAGGUGGGACUUGACCAAAUACGCCUCCAACGACGUGCGAGAAGGUAUUUGAUUGGAAUCCUUUACUAGCAUUUGGUCGCGUUUUUAACUUUUCUCAUCUGCUAGGUCUGAGUCCCAUUACAACUGACGAUAAAAAUCUACAUUUGAAUUUCAAAAUUUUUCCCGCACUCAGGUGCCAUCUACCCGGAGAUGUCGGUGCUUCUCCGUGACUUCUACCUCCUGCUCACCGCUUUGAUGCUUGUGUACGUGCUCUUUGUCGUGAUGAUUGGCGCGAAUUUGAGCUUCAAAUUUAAGAAAUACUUGCGGUUUGAGUUUGAGGCGGAAAACGAGGUGCACGUGAAGGACGACCCCGUGGACAAGGUUAAUUUCCUGCUCUGGCGACGAUCCAUGGUCACGCCGAUGGUCGGGCAUAGGAGUGAAGAGUUGAACUCCUUGAGGAAUCCGCUGCAGGAGUUUUCCUUUGUCCAGUACCUGCAGGAAGUGCUCUCCCAGUACAUGCAGGUUUUGUUUCACAUCCCCACGUCCGGCCUCGCGAUUCUGGUGUUCAUCAGCUCCGUAGAGUGCUUCUUGGAAAUAGAAACGUUGAGCCGGACCCACGCCGUGACGCUGCUCGGUCUGUCCACCGCGACGUGGAGCUGGUGUCUACUCGCACUGUUGCUGAUCUUUUUUGUGCACCUGCGCCGCGUGCGGGAGAUGCUCACGCCGCCGCCCGCGGCGAUGUUGUGGCAUCUAGAUCCCCAGAGCGGCGAGAAGCUGCCGGACCGACACUUGUUGCCGCCGUUCCGGCUUGUCCCUUACCUAAAGGAAGCGCCGAAAAAGACGAAAUUCUUCUACUGGUGGUACGGAACAUUUUCGCCGAACCAACAGGAGCAACUGUUUUUUCGAUGGAGGAAAGGUACUUCUAAACGUUUGUGGUGUUGUUUUACGCAUUUGUAGUCUACUUCCGAGGUACGAAAACUUCUGAGAUGCAGGAUGUAAGAACGGAUGAGAAGUACUGAGUUGAUACGAUAGAGAAGGAAGCCAGUUCUAAGACUAAGUAUCUUUUCUUUAGUAGAAGUAAAAAUUGCGCAAGUUGUAGUGACAAUACAAAUACAAAUGCAAACCACAGGGCCCGCCACGAUUCUUGGCGUGCUGCAGACCGCGAUUUUCGUUUACGCCACCUUUGUCGCGCUCCUUUUACGCAACUUUUCCUACGUAGCCACGACGGGACAGGGGAGUCUGUGGUACGCGGUCGUGGGCUGGACGGCGGCGCUGAUUGCUUUGCUUUACAUCAUUCCGGAGUCUAUCAUGAUGCUGGUCAUUUGCAGUUCCACGAACAUGAUGCCUAACCGGCGAGCGAUCCACGCGGUCGUGAAGGAGCACUCCCAAGAGUACCACAACCUCAGUACGACGCUGUUGGAGAUGGCACAAAUAUCGGCGAUGAAAGAGAAACUCGAGACGCCGGCACUCGCGGGGGAUUUUAACAAGUAUAAACUGUCAAAUUACUUCGCUUUCUUCAGCUGAUUAUACGUGUGAUUCGUCCGCCGGUUUCGGUCAAGAUAGCCCUCAGAUAGUAUGCUACCGUCACCUUAUUUCCUUGCAACAAGCCUCCAACCUAUCAUUCAUCUUCAACCACUUUGAUUGAAUUAACAGGUAUCUCCAAGAUCUGUACGAAGUGAUCUUUUCCCAGGACCAAAAAGACUUGUUCGAAGCCGGGUGGAAGAUUCACAACUGGAACGCCACGCGGGGCAUGAACCCGACGGAGUUGAAGGAGUGCAUGGAACACCUGGGCUUCGAGGACAGCGAGAUUGUGAUCGGGGAGUGGUGGUUGGUGUUUGAUUCCGCAGGGGAAGGCACGCUCCACCACGACGACUUUGUGCGCAUGCUGACCGCGCGACACAUCAUCAAGUACGGUCUGAUCUCGGUGGAAGAUCUCGUCGCGUUGUUCCAAACGCACCCAAAUGGGGAGACGAUCACGGAGUACAAUCGGCUGCGGUUGUCCGAAUACCUGGUCUCCUUCCGCGUGGACGAGCCCCGGCUCGGCGCGGUGGUGCUGAUUCGGGAGGCGCGGUUUCUGGCGGACGAGCGCGCCGGGCUGAGCGACCAGGAAAUCAUGCGAAAAAUGAUGGACAUGGAGGCGGUCACCGUGACCCCGCAGGAGCUCGCGGAGUUUCUGUACACCAAGCAAAACUACCGGACCCGGUUGGAUACGCGAUUCAUCGACCACAUGCGGCAGGUCCGGGAGUUAGAGCGGCAGGAGGAACUGCAGCGGGUGGCAGCGAUUGAGCAGCAGCGCGCGGAGCUGGUUGCUGAGCAGGGGCCGGGUGCGGAACCUGGUGGGGGGCUGGAGGAAACGCUGUUGCCGCGGGACACGCAAUAAGGCUCGACUUGGGUCGUCGUGUGAUGUUUAAAGAUUGACUGACUUCGUUUCAAAGAAAUUAUCUAGCUAUAGUGACUCAGUUUUUGCCCAAUACAGAUACACUGACUGUGGGUAGAUGAUGAAGAUAUUGGUGACGUCUUGCUUAUAAUUGUUGAGUGAAUUAUCAUGAUGUUACCCACCUGACAUUUAGUGCUCGUCUUCUGGGAUGAAGAGAGGACACUAAUUGUCUGGAAGUUCAAAAACUUGUUGUAGAAUAUUUGCGCACAGCCACAGAAAAACAACUGUACCAAACCAUCAACCCUGAAAUCUUGUACAAUGUAUGAAUUCGUACCCGGAAGCAGAACAGAAACAGCAGAAAUGAUGAAUGGCAAUGUCCUUGUCAUCUGCACUCACGCAAGAAAUGAAUCUGUAGAAAAACGUAGUUUGCGUUUCUGUGCGAAAAAUUGAGGAGCAAAGAUAACUGCGCAAACCACCAU